AUGAAGAGGAAACAGAAGAGGUUUCUGCAAAUGACGCUGCUCUUCACCGCGGCUCUGAUUUUCCUGCCUGACAUCGGCCUCUGGUCUCUUUACAAGGAGAAGCACCUGGUGAAGCCGCCCGAAGCCGCCGAGCCGCAGACACUUCCUUUGGGGCUGGGAGAUGGACAGCUCUUUACCUGGACUGAUGGCCUGAAAAGGAAGGACUGGCAUGAUUAUGAAAGCAUUCAAAAAGAUGCUAUGCGUUCAGGGAAAGGUGAACAUGGGAAACCGUACCCUCUUACAGAGGAAGACCAUGAUGAUUCUGCUUAUAGGGAAAAUGGCUUCAACAUAUUUGUUAGCAACAACAUAGCACUGGAACGGUCCCUGCCAGACAUCCGACAUCCUAACUGUAAGCACAAGGUGUACUUGGAAGCACUACCAAACACGAGCAUCAUCAUCCCAUUUCAUAACGAGGGCUGGACUUCGCUCCUGCGCACGAUCCACAGCAUCAUCAACCGCACUCCAGACAGCCUGAUCGCAGAGAUCAUUCUGGUCGAUGACUUCAGUGACAGAGAACAUUUAAAAGAGAAGCUGGAGGAAUACAUGGUCCGCUUUGCCAAGGUGAGGAUUGUGCGCACCAAGAAACGAGAAGGGCUCAUUCGGACCAGGCUGCUGGGAGCCUCUCUGGCUAGAGGAGAAGUCUUGACAUUUCUGGAUUCCCACUGCGAAGUCAACGUGAACUGGCUGCCACCCUUGCUUAACCAGAUUGCACUUAACCACAAAACCAUCGUGUGUCCUAUGAUCGAUGUCAUUGACCACAAUCACUUUGGCUACGAGGCGCAGGCGGGGGAUGCCAUGCGAGGAGCUUUUGACUGGGAAAUGUACUACAAAAGAAUACCGAUUCCUCCAGAGCUCCAGAGAGCUGAUCCCAGCGACCCCUUUGAGUCUCCUGUAAUGGCUGGAGGUCUAUUUGCCGUUAACCGGAAAUGGUUUUGGGAGCUGGGAGGCUAUGAUCCAGGAUUAGAAAUAUGGGGAGGAGAGCAGUAUGAAAUCUCCUUCAAGGUGUGGAUGUGUGGAGGUGGCAUGUAUGAUGUUCCAUGCUCUCGAGUUGGACAUAUCUACAGAAAGUACGUCCCAUACAAAGUCCCUUCUGGAACCAGCCUUGCACGGAACCUGAAGCGAGUGGCUGAGACGUGGAUGGAUGAGUUUGCAGAGUACAUUUACCAGCGACGGCCUGAGUACAGACAUCUCUCCACUGGUGACAUCUCUGCCCAGAAGGAGCUGCGCAAGCACCUUAAGUGUAAAGAUUUCAAGUGGUUCAUGGCUGCAGUGGCUUGGGAUGUCCCCAAAUAUUACCCUCCUGUGGAGCCUCCACCUGCUGCCUGGGGAGAGAUUCGAAAUGUGGCAGCCAACCUGUGUGUGGACAGCAAACAUGGAGCCACAGGGACUGAGCUGAGGCUGGACAUCUGUGUGAAGGACGGCUCAGAACGAACAUGGUCACAUGAACAGCUCUUCACCUUUGGUUGGAGAGAAGACAUCCGCCCCGGAGAGCCACUUCACACCAGGAAGUUCUGUUUCGACGCCAUCUCACACAGUAGCCCUGUCACACUGUAUGACUGUCACGGGAUGAAGGGAAACCAGCACUGGAGCUAUAGGAAGGACAAAACUUUGUUCCAUCCGGUAAGCAGCAGCUGCAUAGAUUGCAACCCAGCUGAGAAGAAGAUUUUCAUGAACAGAUGUGAUCCUUUAUCUGAAACUCAACAGUGGAUUUUUGAACAUAUUAAUAUGACUGUUUUAGAAAAAUUUAACAGCAAGGCCAGUUCCUAGAAGGAAACUAAAAAGUUGACCACACAUAUUUAUGUACAGACUGCAGACUACAUUUUCGCCAGCAUCUGGGUCAAAGGAGUCAGGAAUUAAAUUUCCUAGAUCCAGGAAAUCUGUUCUGAGGAUUAAGAAAAUGCCACAGCAAGAGCCAGCAGGCUGUCCUUGUGGAUAUACAGUAUCUGGAGAACUUGGCCAAGAGCCUCACCGGAUGCUGCUGAGAACUUCAGGCUGAAAAUUCCCUUGCUGGUCAAGGGAAAAACUUUGUUUAAAAACUGUUUAAAAGUACUCCAAGUUAAUAAAGUAAAACAAAACUCUA